AUGGCGAGGGCAGCGAGGAUGCAGCAGCGACGCGGUGGGUGCAGGUCCAAGGCUCGCAAGUUGAUCGCGGUGUGCAUGGGCGGCGUUUUCUUGCUCUGUAGCAGACAUGCUGUUGCAGAUCAACCAGGUGAGGGUGCUCUGAGCCGAACUCUGGAAGUGCCAUCAGGCUCUGCCACCAUGGAUGAACCGGCAUUCACCGGCCAGGAGGCUACAUGCGAGUUGACAGGUGGUUCUCGAGGACGCGUUGGCUCCCCAACGGCCACAGGAUUGACGGUGUCGAAGGAAAAUUUGACCGCUACCUUGAGGUGUACUGGUGCGAAUAAUUCCGUCGUACCAACAGAUGCCAAAAAUGUUUGUGUCGCGACGGUUAAUGAUCCUACAGUGGCCAAGUGCGAGUCUCAUAGCGACGACGGGAGCAGGAGGCAAACCACGCUACAGUCACUUUUGGGAACAGCCAAUGAGAUCCAGGGGAAAAUAACGGGCGCCAGCAGUGACAGUCAAGGCCAGAUAUGGACGCUGAACCUGCAGGAGUCAGACCUUCCACUAACCGACAAGGCCUUCUUCGUCGGGUGUGUCGAGCAAGCCGGUGACCGGCGGGCGGUGAAGGUAGAGUGCAAAGUCGACGUCAAUGUCACAGCGAGACCUUCUGCCGUUGGGGAAAAUAAUCUCGUUACCUGUGCCUAUGGCAAAAACAGCAACCCUGCGCCCCUGAAGGUUGAGAUGACGACAGAGAAUAACACCCUCACGCUUCAGUGUGGUUCCGAGGGUAUUCUUCAUCCGACUACAUACGAAACUCGCUACUGCGACCCUGAGGAAGCAGACUUGAAGAAGUGCAACGAGAAGGACUACGUAGGUAUUCUUCCCAGCUUUGUGGAGAGCUGGUGGACGAAUGCGGAUGCGAAGACAUCCGCUACGCUGACAAUCCCGGUGACGGAGUUUCCCGAGUCAGAACAAAAAUUUCGUGUAGGCUGUGUCCCCAACACGACAAAUUCCCAGGGACCUGAUGCUGCAACGAAAGCUAGGGAAAAUGACGACUCAGAGGCAGAUGCGACUACGUCGAAUUGCAGUGUGAUUGUGACUGUCAAGUCAGGAAGCUCUGCAUCGUCAACCUGUCAAAUGGUAGCAACAGUCUCGGGUGCAGCCGCUUUGUUAGGGCUCCUCGUGGGCUCGUUGUAA